UGAGAGAGAGAGCUUUGUUUGCCAUUCUGAGUGCGAAAAGUGAAAACCGUCAUCAAACAAAUUCAAUUAAAAGGCGAGUCAAGUGCCAGUCAGCAAAAAUAUACGAAUAUUAUUUAUUAGAGCACAAGGAAUACAAAUUCAUGCGAAGCAAGCACAACCACAAAUAUCCAUAUUGAUUUUCUUGUGUUUUUGUGGCGUGCGAAAAAAAGGCAGAAAGACAAAAACAGAAAAGCAACCACUUCAUAUAAGAGCUAAGAUUAUCACUUGGUCUUGUUGGAGCAAUUUGCCAAUUCCGCUACUACAAAAACAACAAUGUAGACGACUCGCAGCGUGUGUGUUGCAGUCUUAUUAACUAAGUCGAGUCAAGUGUCGUCGGAGUUUGAGCGUGUGUGCGAGCGAGAGAGCGCGCAACAAAUGCUACAACAACAACCACAACAACAACAUGCACAAAAUCCAAAGUUCAGCAUUGUUUGUGAGUGUGUGUGUGUGUGAGUGUAUUUAAGAAGAUGCAAAAAGGCAAGCUAAACAACAACAACAAAAAAAUGAGUUCAGAAAAUUGAAAUUGUCAUCGAAAGCAGCUCGUAAAAGCGCAAAAGCAAAUUAACCGGCAGGAGCUUUGGGAGUGGCCUUGGACUGCCUUUUAGCCAUCAUAUUCCAAUUGGAAUUCGACAAUCAACAACAACAGCAACAACAACAACAAAGCAAUAUGUGGAUACCAUCAAACAACAAAUACGGCGUCGCCAUACACAACUGGCAUGGCAAUGUGCGUUUUGGGCUGCCACUGGAUGUCGGCGACUCUGUGGAUAUUGUUGAGGAGUGUCGGUACUGGUAUCGCGGAUCCUGUCCGCGUAAAUCACGUGCUGUCGGACUUUUCCCCAAAACCUACAUAUACAUCAAGGAUCUGUCGAAAAUUGAUCCGGUUGUCGCCGAGUGCACACAAGUGCUCCGCGAAUGGUCCGAGAUCUGGAAGCGGCUCUAUGUGGAUCGUGAGACGUACAAGUUUCACACGCUGCACAAGGUUAUGGUUUCCAUAUUGAUAAGUCGUCGAGAGCUGCUAAGCGCUACCAUGACACAGGAUCAGACAGUUGAGCUUCAAAUGGUUGUGGUGUCAAAAAUCGAUUGGGGUAAUCGCAAACUGGGCCUCGAUCUGGUGCCGCGCGUGGGCCCCUUGGCAGUGGAUCCACAUGGCAUUGGCAUCGUCAAGCUCUACAAUGUGCACGUGAACAGUGCGGAUAAUGCAAAGGCCUCCUCGAGCCGCGGCACUUUGCGCCGAAAAACUCAGCGCAAGAUUCUCAGUCAUCAUUUGUACUUUUGUAUGCGAGAUUUUGGUCAUCGCAUUGGCGGCGAUGAUGCCGAGGUUUAUUUCUUUCUCUACGACGGCAAUCGCAUGCGGCCUGUGUCCGAGCGAUUUCUUGUCAAGAUCUGCAAAGAUGGUUUCUCCAAUUACAUUGAGAAACUGCAUAGCAAUUGCACCGUCUUCACGGAUCUCGGCGCUGCGGAUCUUAAUGAGGAACUGCAUCUGGUGGCCGUUGUUAUGCGUGUGGGCAAAAUAAUUCAAUCCGAUUCGAUAAAGAAAACUGAGAAGAACAGCUCGUGUGUGGGCGGCGCCACCUAUCGGCGUCCCUUUGGAGUUGGCGUGCUCUCCCUGGCGGACAUCAGUCAGUUUGACAGCAGCCUGGAGCAGCAGUCUUCGGAGGAGCGCGAAUAUAGCUUCAAGCUAUACCAGAGCGAGGAGAAGGACUUCCAUCUGCUGCCCGAGCAUAUUAUUAAAAAAUCCAAUGGCAAAUUCUCACCCAUACAGCCAGGUAAUCAGAGCACUCAGGGCAUUGUCGUAACGCUUAAGCUGCUGCAUGGCGGCCUCGGCCAGGCAAGGCAGGAGCAGCCGCUGCUAUUCCAAGGCACAACAAUUACACGCAAAAUGGGCUUUCCUGAUGUCAUUAUGCCGGGUGAUGUGCGCAACGAUCUCUUCCUGACGCUCGAACGCGGCGAGUUCGAGCGUGGUGGAAAAAAUACUGGCAAAAACAUUCUCGUCACCGUAGUGGUUCUUGACGUGGCUGGCAAUGUGCUCGCUGAUUGUUUGUGGGGUGCAUCUGGCAUGGAUGCAUUGCCACAAUACCGAUCCAUGAUACUCUACCAUCAGAAUGCGCCCAGCUGGAACGAGAUGCUGCGCCUGAGCGUGCCCAUCGAUAAGUUUGCCACGGCUCAUGUGCGCUUUGAGUUCCGUCAUUGCUCGACGAGGGAGAAGUCGGAGCCCAAACUAUUUGCGUUCAGCUUUGCCCGACUGAUGGACACGAGCGGCGCAACUCUGGGCGAUGGUCAACACGAGCUGUAUGUGUACAAAUGCGAGGAUCCGGCCAAGCUGCAAGCGGCCAGCUAUCUGCGUCUGCAGUGUCGGCCCAGAGAUGCACAGGCCAUGUUGGACUGUGCCAGCUGCUUUAGUCGCAGCUCCAAAGAGGUAUUCGUGGUGCGCUCAUUGCUCUGCUCCACGAAAUUGACUCAGAAUGCGGAUUUGCUGUCGCUGCUUCAGUGGCGUGCUCAUCCCGAGACCCUGCAGGACUCGCUGACGGGUGUGCUGCGGCUCAACGAUGAGGAACUGGUUAAAUUUCUGCAAGAUGUGCUGGAUGCCCUGUUUGCCAUGUUCUCCAACGAGGAGGGCAACAGCACCCAACACUCCGGUCUCGUAUUCCAUGUGCUCGUCAGCAUCUUCAGUCUGCUGCAGAGCAACAAGUUCCAGCAUUUUCGGCCCGUGAUGAACGAGUAUAUUGAGAAUCAUUUUGCUGCUGCUCUAGUCUACAAGGGUCUCAUCACGUCCGUUGAGCAUAUGGCUGUGUUCAUGACCAAGGCCGAACAUCCGGAUCCCUUUCAGAAGUGCUUCGGCUCGCUGGAGUAUAUCUUUAAGCUGUUGAUACAAUCACGUCGCCUGUUUGCACGCGCCACUGGCGGCCAAUACGAGGACUCCUUUAGGAGGGAUCUCCACUCGCUGUUCACGGCAUUGAAUGGUAUGUUGGCGGUGCCAUCGUACGAUGUCAUCAUACCCACCCAGGAAGCGCUACUGAACUCCACAGGUGUGGUGCUGGAGCAGCUUAAGGAUACAUUGCCCGCUCCCGAGCUGGGCAUGUUGGCGCGCAAUAUGCUCGAUGCGAUACCACGUGGUGCCCCCAAUCGUCUUAUACAGGCCAAGCUGCAAGCAGUCAAGGAUCUCGUUUCGGGCGAACUCUUUCACGAGGAUGAUUCACGUACCGUUGUCCUGUCGGUGGCCUGCAAACAUCUGCGCAUGCAUCUUAGCCGACGGGACGAGCUGCGUCUCUGUGCCGAGAUCCUAUCGGAGAUACUAACCCAACUGUAUGAGUUGCAGCGCGAACAGCGCGACAAGGUGACCAAUACACUGCAGCAUGAUCUGGACUCGCUGUGCAAGAAUAUCCUGGGUAUACUGAUCCGCACGAUUAGCAUUAUAAUGGAGGGCUCUCAUGCGGUGCUGCCACCACUGGUGGCCUGCCUGUUAGGCCUGUUGCAACUGCUGGACGAGACGCACUACAAGCGCUACUGGGACGAGCUGACGCCCAACAAAGAUCCGCGUGAUCUGAAGGACUUUCUUAGCAAAUCCCUGUUGGUAUACGAAGAGCUGCUUACUCAAGACUGGUUAGUCUUUCCCACUGACUGGCUGAUCAUGAAAUUGGCCGCCAAUGACGUGAUGCGGAAAUCCCUGGAGGAGUUUGCCAAGCCGCUGGUCUAUCGUUUUCUUGGACCGCAUGCCUUUGACUCGCAACUGUGGUGGAGCUACUUUAGCCUGGCUGUCACAUUUCUCACCCAGCCUUCGCUACAGCUGGAACAGUACAGGGAACCGAAGCGUCUGAAGAUCCUGCACUCACAUGGCGACAUGCGCGUGCUGAUGGGCUUUCAAAUACUUAGCAUGUGGUCGCAGCUGGGCGAGCAGAAGCUACACUUUAUACCCUCGAUGGUGGGUCCGUUCCUGGAGGUCACUCUGGUGCCGGAACCAGCGCUGCGUAAGGCCACUCUAUCGGUCUUCUACGACAUGAUGCAGUGCGAACAGGCUGCACGUGGCUCGUUUCGUCUGGUUGAAAGCGAGCUCAUUGACAAACUGGACUUGUUGAUCAGCGAGAACAAGGGCGACGAUGAAUAUCGGGAGCUGUUUAGCACCAUUUUGCUGGAAAAAGUGCAAACGGAGAAUCCGAACUGGAAGGAUGCUGGCACGGCUUUCAUUGCGUCCGUCACCCGUUUGCUGGAGCGUCUCCUGGACUAUCGCAGCGUGAUGCAGGGCGAGGAGAAUCGCGACAAGCGCAUGACUUGCACCGUCAAUCUACUCAAUUUCUAUAAAAACGAAAUCAAUCGCAAGGAGAUGUAUCUGAGAUACAUCUAUAAGCUGCACAAUCUGCAUCUGCAGUCGGAGAACUAUACGGAAGCGGGCUAUACGCUCAAGCUAUAUGCCUCCAUGUUGAGUUGGGAUCGGGAGACGCCAAGCUUUGCGCCCUUCGACAACAGCGGGCAGCCGGAGUGGCAGCGCAAGGAGCGACUGUAUCACGAGAUACUCAAGUAUUUCGACAAGGGCAAGUGCUGGGAGAAGGGCAUACCACUGUGCAAGGAGCUGGCACAGCUCUACGAGACGCGUCGCUUUGACUACAACAAGCUGAGCGACAUACUCAUCCUCGAGGCGAAGUUCUUUCAGAAUAUACUGACACAACUGCGACCGGAGCCGGAAUACUUUCGCGUUGGCUUCUAUGGCAUGGGACUGCCGCUCUUUGUGAGGAACAAACAGUUUGUCUAUCGCGGGCUGGAGUACGAGCGCAUUGGCGCCUUUACGCAACGCCUUCAAACGGAGUUUCCCAGCGCACAGAUUCUGGCGAACAAUAGUCCGCCAGAGGCGGCUAUAUUGAAUGCACCCGAGCAGUAUAUACAGAUCAGUAAUGUGCGACCGGUGGGGGAUGCGCAAGCGCUAAAGACGGCCAUGGUGCCAGUGCCGGAGAAGAUAGCACGCUUCUAUGAAGUGAACGAUGUGACGCGCUUCAUCUACGAUCGACCCAUGUACAAGGGACCGAUUGACAAGGACAAUGAGUUCAAGUCACUGUGGAUUGAACGCACCACCCUGGACAUUGCCAGCGCAUUGCCCGGCAUCCUGCGCUGGUUCGAGGUCAAGCAGAAAUCCGUUCAGGAAUUAACACCCGUCGAAUACGCCUGCGAGAUCAUCAACAAUGCUGGCAAGGAGCUAUCGGAACUAAUCGUACAGUACAGGCGCGAUCCCAAGCGCAACAUUAAUCCAUUCUCGAUGCGUCUCCAGGGCACUAUCGAUGCAAACGUCAUGGGUGGCAUUAGCAAGUACCAAGAGGCAUUUUUCUCCGAGCACUUCCUUAAGUCGCCCCAAGGUGCCGGCCAGCAGGCCAAUGUGCAGCGCCUCAAGAUCUUAAUACUGGAGCAGAUACAAAUACUGGAGCAGGCACUGGAGCUGCACGGUCAGCUGGCGCCCGCCGGUGUUCAGCCGCUACACAAUCGCCUGCUCGAACGCUUUUCCCAGCUGAAGCAGAGUCUGUCCGGCAUGGGUCGCCUGAAGCGUCAGCCGUCGGAGAGCAUUGUGAACACACCGCUGCCACCACUACCAACGGAGCAGCGCAGCGGAGCUGUACAGCAAUCGGCCGCUGGCAAUACAAAUGCAAACUAUGUCUACGAACUGGAUGAGAUUUAUACGCGACCCGGCGAGACCCUACGUCCCGUCGAAACCAUGAACUCGUAUCAGACGCUCAGCAAGGAGAGUCUCAGUAUUACCCUGCCGCUGGCGGAGAUGGGCGCCGAAGCACCGCCCGUACCCAAUCGACCGCGUUCUCAGAACUUUGCGGUAAAUGGCGCCGUAGACAGUCCGGAAGUGCCACCCAAGCGCCAGCCAGCAAUCAAUUCACCGAAUGCUCCGCCGUUACCGCCAAGAGGCAUAACGCCCGACAAACGCGCCUCAAAUCCAGUGAUUUUCAACGAUUUUGGCAACAAUACAGAUGCAGCGGCGCGACGACAUUCAGCGCAACAGCAGCAGCAGCAUGGCCAAAAGUACUCCGUGGUGGACAUAAGCUUCGAUGAUCCCGAGGCGGAUCAGCAGCCGCAUUCGCUGCCGCACAAUCUCCAGGAAGCGGGAAAUCAAUUAAAUGUUUGCUUUGCGCCCAAUGAUUUCCGUGACUCGGGCAUCUCCACCACCAGCUCACGGGAACUGAGUCAGCUAAAUAAUCUGAGCGAGGAGUCAUCCUCCAUUUCGAUGAGCACAGUUCAUCAUCGCGAGCACUGUCGCAUCAGCUCGAAUGGCAGCCUGGAUGUGCACAUCCAUGCGGCAGCAUUGAACAUAACGCAUCGCGAUAGUUCCGCCAGUUCCUUUGAUGUUGAGGAUAUACCAGUGCCACCGCCGCCGAUUCCACCCAAAUCCCUGGGUAUGGCUGGCAAUGGAGUUGCUAUUGGCAUUGUCGCUCCCAGCGACGAGGCGCAAUCACCCAAUACACUUGCAUCGCUUAAUCAUUCCAUUAACAAUCACAACAAUCAUCUGCCUCAGCAGAAUGGCGAUGGCAGUGGUGACGCCAAUGGCUACAGCUCCCCACAGCAUUCAACCACUAAUGGUAAUGGCCUGUUGGGGAGCGUUAACAUAGCGCCGGCGCCGCCGCCGCCAGCUGUCAAUUCUGCUGUUGAAGCAGCCACAUCUUCAUCUAGUCAUCAUCAUGAUGGCAGCACUUUUUGAGUUACAAUAUGUCGCUGCCAUCAUCCACCCGAUCAGCCGCAUCAGCCACACAAACCAUCCUCAUCGACAUCCACGUCGAGCAGCACUUCAACGGAGACAGCAACAGAGAGCUCCGAUGCCAACUCAACUACCCAAUCGAUAACGCCACCGCCGCCACCACCACCGCCACCGCCGUCGUCGUCGUUCUACCAUCAUUUCCAUGCGGCACAGAAUCUUAUUAAUCCCCAAACGCCUGGGCCGGCGGUGCACUACUGUCAGGAUUGCCUGUCGUCACCUUCGCCCACACCCACAAUCAUUACGGAGCAGGCGCUGGUGCAUGCCUCGCCUGGGCAACUGUUGGGGCCAGGUCAGCCAGUUCAGCCUCAUAUUGAGCAUUGCUCCUGCGGCCUGAGCUUUUCCGUGCAUCAGCAGCAAGCACACAACUCCACACUGGAGCGACACGCUUAUGGCUUCCAGUUGGAACAACAGCUCAGCUGCCAGCACCAGCAUCAUCAUCAUCAUCAUCCACCACCAACAGCUGCGCAUGCACAUGCCCAGACCGACUGCUCCUAUGAGCCGCGCUAAUGCGAUUGGCCAAAGCCUAUCCACAGAGAGUGAGGUUUAGUUUAUUAGCUAUAACUACAAGUAUUGUGUCGAUAUUAAUCUACAUUUUGUAUUUGUUUGAAUUAUUCUAAUUAUUCUAAUUUUGGUGCCAAAUGUCUCCCGCUGAGGUAAACAAAAAAGGUUGCUGCAUGAAUUGUCUAAUUUAAUUGCACAUUAUUUAUAUCUACGAAUAUCAGUUAAAAGUUUAUGUUAGAAUAUAGUAAAAAUGAAAAAAAAUCGCGGGGAAUUGUCGCUAAUGUUACUAAGACAGAUCAAUAAAGUGAAAUACUUGUAAAGCUAAUAUGCAUAAUUAAUUUUAGACGUAAACAAAUAAAGAUGAUCAAAUUUCUAUAGAUAUUAUACAUGCAUACAUAUAUCAUGUGUUGAGAAUCAAGCACUAAACCAAAAUAUUCAAUGCUAAUCAAAAUGAGUAGAACAAAAUUUACUUAAGCAAACACAUAAAUACAUAUAACACUGACGAAAUGUGCAAUGCAGUUUUUACUUUAACAAUAAAUAUAUAUAUAUAUAUAUAUAUAUAUAUAUACAUUUUCAUAGAUAACGCCACAUACGUUUUCCAGUUUUGUACAUUUUUAUAAAGUAUUUAAGUAUAAUGGUCCUUUUAACUAGACUAGAUAUCAGCGCAACUAAUCGUAUUUAAACAAUGAGAAUUAAUCAAUUUAAACAAAGAGAAUUAAUCAAUUUAAACAACUGAGAAUACUAGUCAACAACGACAGCUCGAAAGAGUUGCGCAUUCAAAAAUUACAUUUUUGAUUAAUCGCUAUAUAUGAAUCUAUAUACCUUAUAUACUCAUUUAAACGUGCAUAA